CAGCAAACUCCACAGUCCUGCCGUAGCGCACCUCUGCAUAACGGUCUCCUCUCCUCGCGUCCUCUCUCGCUCUCCGGAACCAUGUUUCCUCGCAGCAGCGUCAACAUCGGCGGCCCCACCGUGAUCCGGCAGAGCCACAGCUACAGAACCAGCUCGGCGCCCCAGAAGGCCCUCAGCCUGUCCGGGCUCAGCCUCGGCGGCCCCCGCAUCUCCUCCACCAGCGUGCGCACCGUCUCCUCCGGCUACGGCGGCGGCUACGGCGGCGGCAGCAUGGGCGGGGGCUUCGACCUGUCCAGCGCCCUGGACCACAGCAGCGUGCACCAGAACGAGAAGGCCACCAUGCAGAACCUCAACGACCGCCUGGCCUCCUACCUGGAGAAGGUGCGCUCCCUGGAGGCGGCCAACGCCAAGCUGGAGAAGCAGAUCAGGGAGUACUACGAGCAGAAGGGCCCGGCGGCGGAGCGGGACUACAGCAAGUACUGGGCCAUCAUCAACGACCUGAAGGACAAGAUCGCUGCUGCCACCAUUGGCAACGCCAACAUCCUGCUCCAGAUUGACAACUCCAAACUGGCCGCAGACGACUUCAGAACCAAGUUCGAGCAUGAGCUGCUGAUGCGCCAGUCGGUGGAGGCCGACAUCGCCAACCUGCGCCGGCUCCUGGACCAGACCACCCUCACGAAGGCCGACCUGGAGAUGCAGAUCGAAGGCCUGCAGGACGAGCUGGCCUACCUCAAGAAGAACCACGCAGAGGAGCUGGCAGCGCUGCGCUCUCAGCUCACUGGCACCGUCAACGUGGAGGUGGACGCCGCACCCCAGCAGGACCUCAACAAGGUUCUGGAGGAAAUGCGGGCCCAGUAUGAAGCACUUACAGACAAACAUCGUCGCGCGCAAGAGACCUGGUUUAAUGAGAAGUCGGCGACGCUGUCCAAAGAGGUGGCCGUCAGCACAGAGUCCAUCCAGACGUCCAAGACAGAAAUCGGCGACCUGCGGCGCACGCUGCAGGGCCUGGAGAUCGAGCUCCAGUCUCAGCUGAGCAUGAAAUCGGCCCUGGACAACACGCUGGCCGAGACGGAGGCGCGUUACAGCGCCAUGCUCGCGCGCUACCAGGACACCAUCAACAUGCUGGAGGCGGAGCUCGCCAACAUGCGCGGCAGCAUCGAGCAGCAGGGCCAGGAGUACCGGCUGCUGCUGGACGUCAAGACCCGGCUGGAGCACGAGAUCGCCACCUACAGGUCGCUGCUGGAGACGGAGGAGUCCAGACCCGCGGUUCACGGGAGCUCAACGACCAAAGUCACCACCACCACCACCGUGCGCAGUUAGGACGCCCAGCUGGCAGGACGAGCCGGUCCCGGACGCACGCGCACGCCCACUGAUAAAAGCUGUUACAUGACACGAGGCGAAGCCGAGCCCGGAGAUUACUGAAGGCGCUGAGAAAGUUGGAUGGAGGGAGCGACGUUUGCAGGAGAACGUGGAAGGCCGUGUGCGAGUGUGUGCGUGCGCGCGGGUCCGCGUGCGCGCGACCUGUCUGAAAAAUAAAUCUGCUGGUGAAGA